UAGAAGUGUGACCGUAGAAACAUGGCAUCGUAUGAAUACAUGUUAUAUGUUAUGGUUCUGUUCUUAAAAUUGUAUUUUAGUAUUCAUUGAAUUUAACUCAACUUCCCUAUGAAGUUUUCAUACCUGAAGCAUGGCAACCAACAUGAGUAUGUAGUAUUUACCACAGACCAACAGAAAUAAUAGAAAUAUAUUUGCUGAUCCUUAAACUCAAGUUGUGAAAAGAGUUCCCAACUGAGUACAUCAAUGAAUUGUGUGGAGAACUGAACGCUGUGUAGUAUCUGCUAUCAACAAUUAAGGUCUUGACGACGAGUGUACCUUCUUUCUCAUUUUCUAAUCCACCCCACUUUUCCAACCUAUGGGAUGGGAACGCCCUGUUCCUUGGCUCCACAUUAGAUUAACUUUUUGUCACUAUAUACUCUGAAAUCCUUCGAAAACUAUUCAUUAUCGAUGUUUCAAGCCGUUGCCUGCUGUGCCACAAGAAUUUUUGGUUGAAGACAUGCCAUCAUGAAACGCAUGGCUGGGGGCCGAAUCUGAUUGACAUCCCCUUGGGCUAAGCUACUCUAAGUGAAAGUAUGAUGUCAAAUACACUAGCAUUGUCACCUUCAUCACCGACUGAUCUUCCUAUUGGAGAACCUACUGCUGCAGAUGAUGCGUUGUCAUCAGAUGGAUCAAAUGCUAUGGAAACCCACAUUUCCUUCCAUCCAACCACUGAAGAACUAGAGGAAGAUGACUUUAAAGAAAACUGCUCCUCUCGUACUUUAGUUGCUCGUAAUCAAGCAAAAAAAGCUAAAAGAGUGCGUUUUUUAAGAAAUGGAGAUCGUUUUUUCAAAGGUGUUGUCAUGCCUGUGGCAGCUGAGAGAUAUAGGUCAUUUGACAGUUUAUUGUCAGACCUUACUCGAGCAUUGGAACAUAGUGUUACACUGCCCUCUGGCGUGAGAACUAUCUACACCAUGGAUGGUCGUAAAGUGCAGUCUAUAGACCAACUUGAUGAUGGAAAAGAAUAUCUCUGUUCAGGGCCAGGAGAAACUUUCAAACGUGUUGAUUACUCCAACAAUAAUGGGACCUUGGGCAAAAAGAAACCAAAUGCUGUCCCUGGUGGUGGAGACAGACCACGAUCUGGAGGGACAUCUCGUAGCGGUAUUCCAGAAUUUGUGCGACCUCGUAUUUUAACUUUAGUGAGGAAUGGUACAAGACCUAGGAAAGUAGUAAGAUUGCUUAUUAACCGCAGAAAUGCCCCAUCAAUGGAUCAUGUACUAUCCUGUAUCACUGAGGCGGUGAAGUUAGACACAGGGGCAGCAAGGAAAGUCUUCUCCCAGUCUGGUGUCCAGGUUACCCAGUUUGAAGAAUUUUUUGGUGAGGAUGAUGUUUUUUUUGUGUAUGGUUCAGAACGAUAUUCUCAGGAAGAUUUUGAGCUGGAUGAGGAAGAGUACAAGUCCAUUCAGUCUCAAAGGAAAGGGGCUAUGUGGAAUCGUGGUGGCAAUGGUAGAGUGUCAGCACCUGGUGGAAUUAUGCCCAAAAUGCCUGGUAAAACAAAGGCAGCAAAAUCUCAGUCUGAAGCGGUGUCGGGUACUACUGACCCAAAUAUUCCAUCUGCCAUCAAUACCAAGUACCUUGUGUUGGAAACUAUUGGAGAUGGGAACUUUGCUCAAGUUCGAAGAUGUGUUGACCGGUCUUCAGGUCGGGAGUUUGCCUUGAAAAUCAUUGAAAAAUCAAGGUGCCGUGGCAAAGAGCAUAUGAUAGAGAGUGAGGUUGACAUUCUGCGAAAAGUACGUCACCCUAACAUUGUUCGUCUGUUUGCGGAACAUGAUGAACCUGAGCAGCUUUAUCUUGUGAUGGAAUUAGUGAAGGGAGGUGAUCUUUUUGAUGCAAUUGCAACUGCUACUAAAUUCAAUGAAUGGGACUCCAGUAUCAUGAUACGCAACUUGGCUUCUGCACUGUGUUAUUUGCACUCUCUUUCCAUUGUGCACCGCGACAUAAAGCCUGAAAACUUACUGGUUGAAGUUGAUGGCCAUGGAGUUCACACCCUGAAGGUUGGAGAUUUUGGUCUUGCUCAAAAGGUUACUGAGCCAUUGUUUUCUGUCUGUGGAACUCCUACAUACGUUGCCCCAGAAAUUCUAGCGGAGACAGGAUAUGGGCUCAAAAUUGAUGUGUGGGCAGCUGGUGUCAUCUUGUAUAUUUUACUCUGUGGUUUUCCACCUUUUGUUAGUACCACAAAUGAUCAGGAGGAACUUUUUACAAGGAUAUUAGCAGCGCGUUUUGCAUUUACAUCACCAUAUUGGGAUGACAUUUCAGAUAGUGCUAAAGAUCUGGUUGCUCAUAUGCUUCAACCUGUCCCUGAACUUCGUCUCUCUGCUGAAGAUGUACUUGACCAUCCAUGGCUUGCUCUGGUGGAGUUGAAAUGCUUAGAGUCAAUAGUGGAGGAAGUUUACUUUAUGGUGAUACACAGAUGGGGGUGCAAAGUGCUGUUAGUCGAUAGUUUCUCAUGGUUCAACUUUGUUGCAAGUUGGGUGUGGAACUUGUACUCCAAGUUUGCAAGGCUCUUUUCCCUGUGAAAUCCAAUUUUAUUCCAAAGAGAAGUUUAUUAUGUGCUGUUUAUAUUUUUAUCUAUCUACAGUGUAAGUAAUUCAAAUAUCCCCUUGAAGUCAGCCAAAGAAAUCACCCUGUUUUGUCUGUGCGCUGUUCCAUAAUUUUUAAGUGCACUGUUAAAAUUCUUACGUAAUGUGCUUAGAGUUCCAUCAGACUCCCAUAUCAUGUAUCUCUAGUUCUUGAAUGAUCUGUCAAUUUAAUCAAGGUUGUUUUCUGACUUUAAUUGUUAACAUUUUGCUGCAUUAUUUUGAAACAUAAAAUCUGCUUUGUGUGAGAAAUUUUUGUGAAUUACCUAGGUAGCUGUAUUUUAAAGGGAUCUACCUUGUUUUGUGGUUGUGUUCCCCAAAUCCUUUCUUGCUCAUUAAAGAUAAAUUGAUUCAUAGGUUAAUUACCAGCUACAACUCAAGAUGCACUGUCAAAUACCUGUACUAAAUCAAUUAUAUGUUUAUCAGCAUUGUAUAUUUAUGAUCAAUUGUUGUGUUUCAUGGUUUAGAACAUACAAGUUAUUGCAUUUUCGUCUUUCUGAGUUCCAGGUAUUUCUAUUCUCUUAAUCUUUAAAUGUACACGAGUAGGAUUAAAGUUUUUAAGUACCUUUGGCUUGUGUUCUGUAGUUCUAUUGUAGCACUGUGUUACAAGUUGGCUCAAUAGUACUUGUUUCAGGCUUGUCCAAAAUGAACACAGUCAGUAGUAUUUGGUAAACAUUCUCGAAGAGUGUCUCUUCGGUUGGGUAAAAUGACACUUAAUGUGAUCGUAUUUGCUUUGGCUGUGAUACAGAGAGGAACUAACUAGUAAAGGUACCGGAUACAUAAAUUUUUCUUUGUUUUCAAAUUUAUGUAGGCCGAAGCAAUUCUUUAAAAUGUUAGCACUACUUCGUUUAUUUACAGAUUAUAAUCCUUUGGUUUCCUCCUACUAUUUGACCAUUGCAUUGAUUUUUUUAAUAACUACAUUAACGCCCAGCCUUUUGAAGUAUGAUUUUUUGAAAUAUUUUUUCAAAUUUUGUAGCUGAUUUGUAAAUUGCUGUUGCUUAUUGGUAUUCCUAAGUGGCCAGCAUUCGUUUAAAAAGGUGCCAAAGUGUUUUUUUUUAUUAACUUUUUAUUACUGUUUUGUGUUACAUUUUUACUGCUGUUAUCCCUUUUUCUACCAUUUAGUAUUUUGUGGUAGAAGUGUAAGUUUGUAAUAUUUUUGGAACAAGCAGUCUUUAGUCUUCAUUAUUAUUACUUUUGUUACAAUUUGCUUGGCAUAACUUUUAUGCUCUGUUACUUUUGCUCUCUUAUGUUGAUCAUAUUUCCCACAUCACUUCUUUUUCCUUAAAAUCAUCUUGCCAUGUACUGUAUAGGAUAGCUCAAUGUUUAAAACAAUAAUCAAUUAAGGAUGUGUCUAGUGCUGGAACACCUCUCCAAAGCCCAUGAAUCUCUCAGGUUUUAAUUGAAUGAGAUCAACUGAAUAUUUUGUACAAUUUUGAUAAGUGCAGUCGAAGUUGCUGCCAUAUCAAAUAUUUUAUAGAUUGCUGUUCAACCGCAUGUUUUGUGGGUUUGCAAAACAGAAUGCUCCAUUCGCAUAGUUGUGCCCAUGAAGUUUAUAUAAAGAGUAUUUUGCUACACUAGAA